CGUCGAAUAACAUAUUCUGUUCUUUUCAUAUUUCAUUUCUGGUUUUUUGUAUCACCGAGUAGUGACAAAGUAUCCGUUCGCUCGUGGUAUCCUGUCCUUCAAAUUUGUCAAAAACCGUUCUGACUGCAUCGGACAAUCAGUAUUAUUAUUUAUUCAUAUUAUUGUUUUGCUUAUAAAUUGUUACGCAGUGAACGAUCAAUCAUACUUUCCGUUCAAAGACCAAUCCGUUUUUACAAUGCAUAUUAAGGGACAUCAUUAUUUGAGUUCAGAUGGAGAAUGGUCGAUCUUUGGAAGCGAUAGCGAAGAGUCACAGUCCGAGAAAAAGACAUCUUUGAACGUGUGUCCAGUGCCGGCAGUAGAGUCAUUGGCACCGCGGGCGAGUAUACAAAUAUGCGACACUCCACAAGUAGUACAACCAAUAUCAGCUAGAAACUCAAAAAUUAAAGUGCCGGCAGUAGAGUCAUUGGCGCCGCGGGCGAGUAAACAAAAAUGCGGCAUUCCACAAGUAAAUAGUAGUCAUAGUUUUAACAUUAUAUCAUUGAGUCGCUCCGCUUUCAACAAGCGUCCUGGGCUCAGGCACAGGUCGCCGACCCCUAACACCGAUCUUGCGUCGGUGUGA